AGCUCUCUUCUACACUCUCUUUUCUUUAUUGUCUUAUCUCCUCCCCUCUCCCCUGUAAUACUAGGCAGCAACAAAAAAUUAGCAAACAGUAAGAAUGCCAGAGGCAAAGACGGAGACAUCGGUGUCUGUUACCGAAGAGUUCUCGAGCUCGCACAAGCACCACCACCACGACCAUGACCACCACGGCCAUAGCCACAAUCACCAUGGCCAUGACCACCACGGCCAUGACCACCACCACGGUCACAACCACGACCACGACCACGGCCACUCGCACAACCACCACCAUCACCAUAGCCACGACCACAGCCACAGCCACACGCACGAGGACGUUAAGGUCACGACCUCUGUUGACAGCAGCUCCAGCGGCUCAAAGACCGUAAUCAAGGAAAAGGUCGAGGUGGACGUCGCGGACGAGCAUGUCGAAGUAGAAGUCAAGGAGACCUCAAAGGAGGUUUCGCUCCACAGCCACAGCCACGACCACCACCACCACGACCAUAGCCAUAGCCACCAUCCCGGCCAGGCAAUUAUGUACCGGGAGGCGCCGCCUCAGUUUGGCCUCGCAAAGCACGUCGACAGUAAGUACCUUCAAACACGCGCCUAGUUGCUCUGCACAUGCAGAGAAAUAGGCGUAUAUAAGUGCCCAUGCCUGCCAGAUGCUUUGGACAGGAGUAAAUCCCAGGAUUGCACCACGAAACUAAGGCAUCACGCCAUGUUCUUGCUUGUAGAGAUCAUUCACUCAGAGUUCGGCUAUGUGCCAGGAUUCAGGCCGUUCCAAUACGACUCGCCGGGCAGCUG